AACCCAUAGACAAAAUAAAUCCAUCCAUCCAUGGCCGAUCUUAUUGCUGUCAAGUCUCUAUUUCUAUUUUAAUAAUGAAGCACCGUCAAUGAUUUUAUGUGGGAUUAAAGUGAGGAAGUGAUAGUGUGGUGGCACGGUCUCGGUGAUACGGCUCGUUGGUCGGCAGCGCCAUGUUCAGCGGAACGGUGCGCGUGAAGGUUUGCGAGGCGACGGGCCUGAGACCGACCGACUUUCAGAAACGGCACAACAUGGCCUUCGGAAAGCCAGACGACCAGCCGAUAGAUCCGUACGUUUCGAUCGACGCCGACGAACAUCACCUGGACCGUUCGACUACAAAGCCGAAAACGUUCGACCCCGUCUGGAACGAGACCUUCAUCCACGAAGUGCAGAGCGCUACGAGUUUGGGUAUCACGGUGUUCCACGACGCCUCCAUUACGCCCGAUGAGUUCGUCGCUAACUGUACUAUAUCAUUUGAGGACCUGAUGCACAGAGACAAGGAUGCCACAGAUUUUUGGGUGGACCUGGAACCGCACGGGAAGCUGCAUCUCAAAAUAGACCUCAAAUGGAACUCACAAGUGGCGAGCAGCGGCGGCAGCGGCGGCGCGCGCGGCGGGCGCGAAUUCAAGGAGGGGGUGGGGUUCGCGCGGCGGCGCGGCGCGCUGCGGCGGCGCGUGCACCAGGUCUGCGGACACAAGUUCAUGGCCACCUUCCUCCGACAGCCCACAUUCUGCAGCCACUGCCGAGAGUUUAUAUGGGGCAUCGGCAAGCAGGGAUACCAGUGUCAAGUAUGCACGUGCGUGGUCCACAAGCGGUGCCACUCGUCCGUCGUCACCAAGUGCCCCGGCAUGAAGGAGGAGAGCGCGGCGUCGGUGCGGUUCAGCGUGAACGUGCCGCACCGGUUCGUGGUGCACUCGUAUAAGCGGUUCACGUUCUGCGACCACUGCGGCUCGCUGCUGUACGGCCUCAUCAAGCAGGGCAUGCACUGCGAGACCUGCGGCAUCAACGUCCACAAGCGCUGCCAGAAGAACGUCGCUAACAACUGCGGCAUCGACACCAAGGCCAUGGGUGCGAUGUUGUCGGAGCUGGGCAUCUCGCCGGACAAGACGCCGCGGCCGCGCGCGUCCAAGUACCGCGACACCCCGCUGCUGGAGGGCGGCGCCGAUCUCGCCAACGCCGACAGCAAGGAGGACAAGGGUGGCGCGCGCGGCUCGCACUGGGACGAGCUGGCCGAGAUAUUCGCCUACCACCCGCCGCCGCAAGAAGGCGGCGCGGGAGGUGGGGGCGACGCGGAGGGGGCGGAGGGGCGCGACAAGAUGACGCUGGCGGACUUCAACUUCAUCAAGGUGCUAGGCAAGGGGUCGUUCGGCAAGGUGAUGCUGGCGGAGAAGAAGGGCACGGACGAGGUGUACGCCGUGAAGGUGCUGAAGAAGGACGCCAUCGUGCAGGAUGACGACGUAGAGUGCACGCUGACGGAGCGGCGCGUGCUGGCGCUGGCGGCGCGGCACCCCUUCCUGACGGCGCUGCACUGCGCGUUCCAGACGCCGGAGCGGCUGUUCUUCGUGAUGGAGUACGUGGACGGCGGCGACCUCAUGUUCCAGAUCCAGCGCGCGCGCAAGUUCGACGAGCCGCGGGCGCGCUUCUACGCCGCGGAGGUGACGCUCGCACUGCAGUUCCUGCACGCGCACGGCGUCAUCUACCGCGACCUCAAGCUCGACAACAUCCUGCUCGACAGCGACGGCCACUGCAAGCUGGCCGACUUCGGCAUGUGCAAGGAGGGCAUCAUUGACGGCGCGACGACGACGACGUUCUGCGGCACGCCGGACUACAUCGCGCCGGAGAUCCUGCAGGAGCUGGAGUACGGCGUGUCGGUGGACUGGUGGGCGCUGGGCGUGCUGCUGUACGAGAUGCUGGCCGGCCAGCCGCCCUUCGAGGCCGACAACGAGGACGAGCUGUUCGAGUCCAUCCUCCACGACGACGUGCUCUACCCCGUCUGGCUCUCCAAGGACGCCGUCAACAUACUCAAAGGAUUCAUGACGAAGAACCCGGCGCGGCGGCUGGGCGUGCUGGGCGGCGCGGGCGGCAUCCGCGCGCACGCCUUCUUCCGCGACAUGGACUGGGACGCGCUCGCCCAGCGCCGCCUCCGCCCGCCCUUCCGCCCGAGACUCAAGAGCAAACGCGAGGCGGCCAACUUCGACGCGGAGUUCACGAAGGAGGAGCCGUGCCUGACGCCCGUGCCCAACGACGUGCUGCGCGCCAUCAACCAGGAGGAGUUCAAGGGGUUCUCGUUCGUGAACAAGGACUUCAACCCGACGCCGAGCGACAAGACGCCGGUGGGCUGAGCGGGCGUCGCCGCGCCCCGCCUCGCCCCGCGCGCCCCGCCCCGCCCCGCGCCGUCGUCGCCGGUAAACCCCACGCGCCGCCUCGAACUCGUCGGCGGCCGUCUAGUGUUAACGUAUAUUUUCUUCUAUCGUCUUAUAGUAUUAGGAUCGCUUUGAUUGUUAUAUUCGGUUGGAGGAGGCGCGCCCGCCGGAGCCCGCGCGGUGGCGGCUCGGGCGGGCCCCGGCCGGGAAGUUUCGUUAUUUAGAUGUUUCGCGAUAGUUCGUAGCUCGUUCCUAAUUAGUUAGCAGACGUACGCUUCUAGUCGAUCUUUGUGUUGUAUGCUUUGUGAGGAAUCUGUUUCAAUACUCAGGCGGCCCCGCGGCCGCCUCGCCGCGACCGCUCGGCCUCGCCGCCGUAGGCUAAGUUUUAGUAACAUUUAAUAUAUUAUUAUAAUUUAUAAGAGUGCCACCGAAUACCGCGAGCGCGCCGCUGCGAGCGUGGGACCGCCCCGCCGGCGCCCGCCUCCGCGUCUCGUCAACGAAAGAUUCGUGAGAAACUUGGCAGCGUAAUCGAGAUGAAAAUUUCAGGGUGGGGGGCGACGGCGGGGGGCGGCGGCGGGGUGCGGCCGCGGGGUCGCCGCGCCUCCGCUAAGUAUUAUAGUUUUAAUUGAACAUACCAAAGUUUAGAGUAAGUCGUUUUCGAA